AUGCUUUUCAUUAAUCAAAUUGUCCUAGGCAUUGCCUCCAUCUAUCCCUUUACUGAAUACAACCCUCGAUCUCCUGUGACGGUACUCAAUCCCCACUCCAACAUCACAUAUCACGGCAUCCGCACAAACACUCAUGUCGAAGAAUUCCUUAACAUCCCCUACGCCCACGAUACAAGCGGAAUUCAUCGUUUCUCGCCCCCAAGGGCCUACAUACCCCCCAGAAACAGCAUCAUCAACGCCACCUUCCCAGGAGCCGCAUGUCCACAGCCGCGUAUCCCCCUCCCCGCAGACCCAUACACAAUUCUCAAGGAUGUUUCAGAAGAUUGCUUGACACUCCGCAUCGCACGGCCAGCCGGCACAGGUGCGACUGCCAACAUGAACAAGCUACCGGUGAUGGUAUUUCACUACGGCGGCGGCAGCACAGUGGGUACUAUCUACGACGCCUCCUACGACCCGGUCGGACUUGUCAGACAAGCAGCUGAGCUUGGAACGCCGGUGUUGUACGUAGCAAUGAACUAUCGCGUAAACAUGUUCGGCUUCGCGGAUUUCCCUGCUUUACGGGCGACCAACUCGACCAACGUCGGCCUGAGAGAUCAGCGUCUCGCACUUGACUGGGUUAGGAAAAACAUUGCGUUGUUUGGCGGGGAUCCUGACAAUGUGACGCUGUUCGGUGAGGAUGUCGGUGCGGUAUUUGCAAGCCUGCAUAUGCUGGCAUCUUCGGAUGAUGAUAGUCUGCCGGUCCAUCGGGUCAUUGCCCAGAGUGGUGCCGUUACCUCCCUUGCUGGUGUAUCUGGGAAUACUAGUGCGAGUAAUUCACUGGCUGUUGCAAGGGAAGUAGGCUGUUUUGGUUCUUCCGGGGCAGCUUCAGAAGAGGAAGAAAUGAAUACUACUGCUAUAAUACAGUGUCUGCAGAGUCAACCAUUAGAUCUCCUGGUGAACGCCACGUUCAAAGUGGCAUACAAACUGAGCCCAGGAGACGGAUUCGGCGCUUUCAUACCCACUGUCGAUGGCACGAUUCUGCCUGCUGCCCCCUCGACGUUAAUGUCAGCUGGUGACUUUCCGAAGAAGAGCAUUCCACUCAUCAUUGGCUGGAAUCGCGACGAAGCCUCCCUUCGCGUCCCAGCCAGCAUAAGCACACUGUCGGAUAUCUCGAACCUCCUAGCCGGCAUGUAUCCGGCUCUCAAUGCCUCGAGUAUUGCGGACUUACUCGCCCUUUACCCGGAGUCCGACUAUCAAGUCCAAGAUAAAAUGCGGGAAGCACUGAUGACCCCGGCCUGGCACGCUGCAGCGGCCCUCGUUCGCGAUCUCACGGUGACCUGCCCAUCACUUCACCAAGGAUUGUCGCUAUUCGAGCAUGCCCGCUCCUCAGCACAAUUAGCGGAAUUCUAUUUCUACGAAUUGCAGCAGACACCGUUCGCGGCGGCUCUCGCGCAACAGGGAAAAUCGUACCUUGGGGUCGUCCAUUUCUCAGACAUGCCUCGAUACCCGGUUUACCAGUAUACCGACCCAGAGCUCUGCCAUGAUUGGACCUGGAGCGAGGUGCUACCCGGAUACGAAGAACUCCGGCGGUACUUUGCGUACGUGCUAGACAAGUGGCAGCUGCACGGACACAUCCAGUACAACACGACUGUGACAGGGGCGCAAUUUGAUGAGGCGACUCACCACUGGACAGUAGAGUGCGUAGGGACCGAGGGUCCCAUCGGAAAUAUUCGCAGUCGCUGGUUCAUCCCGGCCCUUGGCUUCGCCUCCAAGCCGUAUAUCCCCGAUCUCCCAGGUCUCAACACCUUCGCUGGGCCAUCUUUCCAUUCCUCUGCCUGGCCGCAGGACGGAAUCGACCUGAAGGGCAAGAGGGUGGCUGUUGUGGGCACGGGAGCCAGCGCAGUCCAGAUCAUUCAGACUAUUGCUGAGCAGGUAGGCCAUUUGACCGUUUACCAACGCACGCCGUGUACUGCGCUCCCGGCCCGGCAGCGGCCCCUCAGUGCCGAGGAUCAGCGGCAGUUGAAAGACAGCGGCGAGUUGGCCACCCUGCUACGACAGGCUAAGUACGAAAAGUUUGGUGGACAGGAUGUUGGGUUCGUCCCGCGUCGGUGGAACGAGGACGACGAAGAGCAGCGGCGUGGAGUGUUUGAGGCGGCCUGGGAAAAGGGCGGUUUCCACCCGUUACUGUCGACAUACUUUGACGUCUUCGUAGAUCAGGAGGUCAAUAAAAAUGCGUGGCGGUUCUGGGCCGAAAGAACUCGCGAACGGAUUGAGGACCCGAGAUACAAGGAUAUGCUGGCUCCCCUGGAGGCAGUGCAUAUGUUCGGGGGAAAGCGCACACCGUUCGAGAUCAACUAUUAUGAGGCUUUCAACAAGGAGAAUGUCGAGUUGAUUGACAGCAAUGCCUCUAAAAUUAUCAAAAUUACCCAGGAGGGCAUCAUCACGCAGGAUGAAGGCCUAAAAAAAUUCGAUGUGAUUGUCCUGGCAACAGGAUUUGACACCAACACAGGGGCAUUGACCGCGAUCUCCAUCCGUGACACGGAAGGCAGGACACUGAAGGACCGCUGGCAGGAUCCAGAAGCAGGAGUUAGAACGAACCUGGGUCUAUCAACUAGCAAGUUCCCGAACAUGUUCUUUUUCUACGGACCUCAGGCGCCGACGGCGUUUUCCAACGGGCCGUCCUGUAUCGAGUUACAGGGGGAGUUUGUCGAGCAACUCAUCCUAGACAUGACAACGAGAGGAAUAACAAGAGUCGAAAACACAGCGGAUGCGGAGGCAGAAUGGAAGAACUUGACGCAGCGUCUGUGGGACCGUUUCGUCUUCUCGUCGUCUGCCUCGUACUAUUCCGGGGCAAAUAUUCCGGGGAAAAGGCAGGAGCCAUUAAACUGGUUCGGAGGAUUUCCCAGCUACCAUCAGGCACUGACAGCCUGCCGUGAAAACGAUUAUCAGGGGUAUAUAAUGGCAUCUCAAGUGGAGGAGAUACAGCCCCCUGCUAAGUUGGAGGUUAAGGGUCCUGGUAUUGUCGUAGACAAACAAACUGUUUUGCUGCCGUUGCCAGUACAAGCUAAAUGA